AUGAGAGUGGUAGCAGCGAUAUUAUUCAUUGUUCUCGCAAUUUGCAGCCUUGGAAUCCAAGGCGACGUCCAGGCCUAUCCCUCCAUCUCCUUCAAUGUGGAGGGUGCCACCUUCGAAAAAUACAGAGACUUCAUAGAGGAACUGCGAGAAAUCGUGUCACGGGGAACCCGUACAGUAAAUGGUCUACCAGUGCUGAACCUCGCAAGUGAAGUUUCGGUUGGGAACCGGUUCGUUCUGGCCAGUCUCAUCAAUGGCAUUGGCUACACAGUCACCUUGGCAAUAGAUGUGGUGAACCUUUAUUUGGUGGCUUUUAGUGGUGCAAAUAACAAAUCCUACUUUUUCGACGACGCUACGGCACUUCAACUCGCCAAUUUAUUCGUUAGCACCAGUCAAACCCGGUUAGCCUUCAACAGCAGCUAUAUCGUCCUUGAGAACCAGCCAGGAGCUAGGAGGAGGGAGGAAAUCCCUCUGGGACCAACUCCCCUAUCUGACGCCAUCACAAGGUUGUGGUUCAGUGGGAGUGUGGGCGAACCGCUCAUUGUGGUCAUUCAGAUGGUCUCGGAAGCGGCAAGGUUCAAAUACAUUGAGGAACAAGUCCGCAAAAGCAUAACCGCUGGAAACACUUUUACACCAAAAGGUUUGAUAGUGACCAUGGAGAACGAAUGGUCGUCUAUGUCGAAGCAGGUUCUGCUUUCGCCAGAUGGAGAACACUUCGAUAAAAGCGUUCAGCUUAAAAAUGACAAUUUGGAGAUCCUCACAAUAAACGACUUUACUACACUCAGUCGCUAUACCAUGAUAGCGAUUCUUCUCGACAGCACCAAGACUACUAGUACUAGUUAUAGCAAUAUUGCUCUUGCCGAGGACUUCGUCAACUUCGAAUUGCUCUCAAACUCUGAAACUGCGGUAACUGCCUAA